AUAUAUAGCGCGCUUGCAUUGUCGACGAGCGAGGGGAGCUAGCUAGGGAAUUGAAGUGAAGGUAAAUGGGGAUGUGUAGCAAGACAAGGAAGAAGGGGUCGUGGAGGGCGGAAGAGGACGCGCUGCUGACGAGGCUGGUGGCGCAGCAUGGCCCCCACCGGUGGAGCAUCAUCAGCGGCGCCAUCCCGGGGCGCUCCGGCAAGUCGUGCCGGCUGCGGUGGUGCAACCAGCUGAGCCCGGCCGUGCAGCACCGCCCCUUCACCCCGCAAGAGGAUGCCCUCCUCGCCGCCGCCCAUGCCCGCCACGGGAACAAGUGGGCCACCAUCGCCCGCCUCCUCCCCGGCCGCACCGACAACUCCGUCAAGAACCACUGGAACUCCAACCUCCGGAGGUGCCUCCGCCGCCAAGCCAAAUUCAAAUCCAAGGACCCUGAUCUGCUGCCCGAUCCAAUUAAUAUUCCACCUGACUGCAUCGUCGUGCUCAACGACGACGACGAGCCUGCAGAUCGGCCGGUCACGCCGCCCGCCAUCAUCCAGGCCCAGGCCCAGGAGACACUACCGUCGCUGACCCUGAGCCUUAGCCUUUCCCUGCCCGGCGCCGCUGCUGCUGCUGCUGAGGUUGAGGUGGCACCGCCGCCGCCCAGGGCACUGGCAGCUGCUUCUGAGAUCCAAGACGGCAGCAGCAGAUCAUCAUCGGCAUCGCGUGUCAUGUUGCAGGUGAUGCGACAGAUGGUGAGGGAAGAGGUGCAGCGCCAUACUGCGCAGCUCGCCUACUCCCUCAUGGCCCUGGCCUCCUGCAGCCGUAGGCCCCCAAAUUAGGAGCAUUCAUUUUCAGACUUUGUUCAAACAUCGAUCGAUCAUCAAAUAAAAAUUUCUCAGGAGGAGUUGCAUGCUUGACUUCCAAA